AUGUCCUCCAUACCUCUCGCGCCGUACCCAUCCAGCGCUCUACGCGCCUCGAUCCCACCGCCCGAAUGGUCCGCAAUCGUCAGCAGCUGGAGCGCGGCACUCUCCGUGCUCCUCCAGCUCCCAGCCAGCAAGUUUGCCGUUGCCGGCAGCUCCGAAAACACCACCAAUUUCCUGCUCAGUUACCUCGCCGGCUCGGGCCUCGCCACGGACGCGCCGCAGAUAUCGCUGCGCAAGAAUGUCUUCCUGACUAUCCACCGCGUGCUGUCGGAGCACCCGAAGACGGCGCUGUUGACCACCCCCGGCUUCCUGACGGCUUUCGCCCGCGUGUACGCCCGUGUCGCGGAGGCGCAGCGGCUGCUCGACGAGCUGUGGAAGAGCCGUGAGGUGGAGAUGGAGGCGGCGGUUAAGGCGCUGAAGACUACACACUUGCCGGUGUUUCAGAAGGCGGCGAUCAGCUAUGAUGAUGCGGCGGAGCUGGGAAAGCUCUUUCAAGCGUCGCCGAAGGUUGCGGCGACAUUUCUUGCGGGUGAUGAGUUUGUCGAGGUUGCUAUGGAUGGCGGUGAGGCCACAGUGAAGCUGUUUGCUAAGGCUUGGUGUGAGGCCGCGAGAGUCAAUUGGAGCGUCGUUAUUGAUGGGAUAUAUUCGCUCACUUCGCCAAGCGGUGGCAGCAAGGAGAAGGCGCUCCUGGAGAAGCUGAUGGGAUUGGGGGUAGGGGCUAAGCUCGAGCAGCUAGCAGUAGGAACGGACUAUGAAGGCCGGGUUGCCGGUGCAGUGGAGAAGCUACAGCCAUUCGGGAGGGCCCCAGUGAAGAGGAAGAAGAGGGACACGAAAGGUAAGGGCAAGGCGGCAGUAACUCCCCAUAGCCAUGAGGAGGCGGAAAUUGCGAGCAAGGUAGAUACCAUUCGAGAUCUACUCCCAGACUUUGGCACUGGCUUCCUGCGGAAGUGCUUGAAGGCAAUGGACGGAGAUACGGAAGCUGUCACCAUGGCCCUAUUGGAUGGAAACUUGCCGGCGGGGUUGGACGGCGUUGACCGGAACGAGGAAUACAUCCCCAGUGAGACACAGUUCGCACGCCCCUCGGUCACUCCAGCCACCCACACUCGAUCGACCACACCCCAGCCCCAACGCAAGAACAUCUACGACAACGACGAAUUUGACCGUCUUAAAUCCUCCACCGUCUCAAAACUCACCACCGGCCGCCGCAACAACAACACCACUGCCGACGCUCUCAUCGCCAAGGGUGCGAGUGAAUACAAAUCCAAUAUCUUGUCCGCUCUCAGCGCUUUUGAUGCAGACGAUGACGAGCGCGACGAUACAUACGAUUCUGCCGAUAUUGGUGGCGCAGUGGAUAGAGAUGCCGAAGAGAUCAACACUCGGGACGAGGUAGAAAAGGAAGGCUUCUCCCGCGAGGCGAGUGGAAAGACCGGCGAGAUCAACACUCGGGACGACGUGGAUAUGGAAAUGUGGAUGGUCUACAAACGCUCUCCGGAAGUCUUCUCCCGUGAGGCGAGAGGCGGAAAUGCAAGGAAGGCUCUGAAGGAGAGCACGGCGAAGACCGACGAGGACCUGGAAGGCUGGGCGAGCAUGUUGCACCGCGAACCAGAUAGACAGCGCAGGCUCGAGAAGCGCUUUGUGGAUCAGGAAAUGGCCACGGGCCGACAGCAGGUGCAACUGGAACGGACGAGGUGGACCGCAGGAGAUACGGAGACGGAACGGGGCAGAGGAAGGGGUCGGGGCCGGGGUCGGGGCCGGGGCAGGGGCGGUAUGGACAGGGCUGGAGGUGCCCCGGGCACAAGUGGAACCGGAGGUGAGGGUGGCCAACAGGGUCCACCUGGUGGUGAGGGCAGAGGAAGGGCGAAGAAGGAGCAUAAUAAGGGAAGAGUGGGCAACCAUAAUAGGCGGGAGGGACACGCCAAAAAGAUGGCCAGGGGCUUUGGCGGAGCUCCUCCUGCUUAG